GGUUGACAUCGGAUGAUGCGGCGUUAGGGCAAUUCUCAGUGAAAAAAAAAAUGCUAUUCUUACAAUUUUUCCAGCAAUGUUUUACACGAGAGAGAAUUAUGUGUCCAGAGUGAUUUCUCUUACCGGUUGAAGAAGCCCAUUUAAUUGUUAAUGAAUUACAUUUAGAGAAAUUUUCUGACAAAUCCCAUAGGGCGCUGGCAUUAAUUAAGUGACGUGGCGCGCCAAGUUACGAAAUUUUGCAAACAAGUUUUGAAAUAUUUGUUGAAAGACCAUAACGUUGCCUAGACAGCAUAAGACAGGCAAAGUUUCGGGAAGACAGAGCUAUCCUUAUCUAUAAGAACAGCUCGGUAGUUCCUAGAAACGCGUAUUUUUGUGAUUUAUGUCUUCUGAUACAAGCGGAGAUUCGAACUCGAUGGCUUCCGUGCGAGAAGAGAAACCUAAAUGUAUGUGGAAGCCAAAUGCAGAUCAGUCGACCAACAUUGGCGAUUUCCAGUCAGUUGUGAAUCAGACAUUUGGCUUGAAUUUAGAAACUUAUGAGGAGCUGCGUAAGUGGAGUGUCAAUCAACAUACAGAUUUCUGGGAAAUGUUUUGGAAAUUUGCCGACAUUAUCCACUCCCAUCCAUAUGAUGAGGUUUUAGAUGAGUCUAAACCAAUGGAAGAGGUUCCAGAAUGGUUCCAUGGCGCUCACCUUAAUUUUGCAGAAAAUCUUCUACGCUUUGAUGAUGAGAAAGUUGCUUUGUACACUGCAGGAGAAGGGCAAGAGGUCAAGACCAUAACCUUUCAUCAACUAAGAAAGAGUGUGGCAUUACUAGCUUCUGCUCUGAAAAAUCUUGGUAUUAAGAAAGGAGAUAGAGUUGUUGGUUAUAUUCCCAAUUGUGCCUUAGCUGUUGAAGCCAUGUUAGCUACUGCAAGCAUUGGAGCUAUUUGGAGUUCUACUUCACCAGAUUUUGGUGUUACGGGUGUGUUGGACAGAUUUAGUCAAAUCAAACCAAAGGUUAUUUUCUCAGUAGAUGCAGUCAGAUACAACAACAAAAGUCACAACCAUUUGGAGAAGUUAACUCAAGUAGUGAAAAGUCUUCCCGAGCUAGAGAAAGUAGUUGUGAUGCCAUUUGUUGGAAAAGCAGAUGACAUUGACCUCUCUGGAAUCCCAAACAGUGUGUUGUUGGAUGAUUUCAAAAAAUUUGCUGAUGAGUGGCCAGUUCUAGAGUUUGCACAAGUUCCCUUCAAUCAUCCCCUCUUCAUCAUGUACUCAUCUGGAACAACUGGUCCUCCAAAAUGCAUGGUGCAUUCUGUUGGGGGAACUCUGAUCCAGCAUCUGAAAGAACAUAUCCUUCAUGGGAACAUGAACAGAGAAGAUGUUAUCUUUUAUUACAGCACUACAGGUUGGAUGAUGUGGAACUGGCUGGUGUCUGCCCUUGCUGUUGGAGCCUCUGUCGUGUUGUAUGAUGGAUCACCUUUUAUUCCUUCACCAAAUGUCAUUUGGGACUUAGUCGACAAAAUAGGAAUAACCAUUUUGGGAACUGGAGCCAAGUGGUUGUCAGCUUUGGAAGACAGGGAAGUUCACCCAAUUAAGACGCAUAAUCUAGCACGUUUACACACGAUACUGUCAACGGGCUCCCCCCUGAAACCGGCCAGUUAUGACUACGUUUACAACAGUAUAAAGCACGAUGUACUCCUUGGUUCUAUCUCAGGGGGCACAGACAUUAUUUCAUGUUUUGCCGGUCAAAAUCCAACUGUCCCUGUAUACCGUGGAGAAAUUCAAACAAGAAACCUUGGAAUGGCCGUGGAGAGCUGGAACCACGACGGUGAAGCUGUAUAUGAUCAGAGCGGAGAGCUGGUUUGUACCAAACCCUUCCCUUGUAUGCCUAUUUACUUUUGGAAUGACCCUCAAGGCCUCAAAUACAAGAAAGCCUACUUCAACAAGUUUGUGGGUGUUUGGACGCACGGAGAUUUUUGCUCAAUCAACUCAUCUACCGGCGGAAUUCUUAUGCUGGGGAGAAGUGAUGGCACCCUCAACCCAGCUGGUGUGAGAUUUGGGAGUGCGGAAAUUUAUAAUAUUGUUGAGAGAUUCGAAGAAGUGGAAGAUAGUUUGUGUGUUGGUCAACAGACGAAGGAUGGAGAACGGGUGGUUCUUUUUCUGAAGAUGAGCAACGGAUUCAGAUUUAACGAGGAGCUUGUGGCGCGCGUGAAGUCUACGAUCCGACAAAGGCUGUCUGCCAGACACGUCCCAGAAAUUAUCCUGGAAACAAAAGAGAUUCCUUACACAGCAAGUGGGAAGAAAGUGGAAGUUGCUGUCAAACGGAUACUUGCAGGAGAACACAUCAAAAACAGAGGAGCUUUAGCAAACCCGAACUCCUUGGAUCUUUACUAUGGCAUAGCUGAGCUCAAUCAAGGAUAAAAUUUAUAAAUCCAUGUCUAAGAACACGCUUCAUCUAACUUGAAAACAAACAGACAAACGCUCGAGUGAAACUAACAUGUUAAAUGUGUCAAACUCAAAAUGUAUCAACCAUGGGCCGUGGUGGGAAAUUUUUUAAAACCUUUCAGGGAUAUUGGAAGCAAGUCAGCGCAAGCAAAAAUUGUUAUACUAAAACUCCUUUUCCAGACAUUUUAAGCAAUCCAGUCAAGGAAUUAUUUCCGUGCUCUCCGAUACUUUCCUGGUUCUUCAAACACAAUCAUAUAUUCCAAAUCAAAUCACAAAGAAAAAAAAUUUAUUUUGAAUUUUUCUGAAAUUUUUAUGGGCCGACUGAUGCCCCAGUAAAUGACGUGUUCGGGCUCACGUGACUAAGGAAACCAUCUCACUGCACCACAUGUCACCCCAAUAUGUUUCGAAAAGCAUCUAUUCGCAAGAAAUUGCACGCUUCUUUUACAUAAAGAAAAUCAGGGAUAAGUUAUUUAAUUGUCGAAAGCGGGCACUGUGCCACUUUUGAUUUUUAAACUUUAAUAUGUUAUUGCACAGUUAGCUAGAUUUUAAUCCAAAGGUAAAGAAAGUAUUUAUACAGAAGUAAAUAUUUUUAGUCACAGUGGGUAUAUAGAUAGUGCAGUACACAUACCCGAUGCUAAAGCUUUGUUUUAUUUGAAGGUUGGGAACUAUUCCUUUAGUAGCAUGACUUGGAAUCAAUAAAUUUAUUUUAUUUUUAACAAGGUCACGAUGAAUUAUGCGCUAUAAUUCCCUUUGAGGUGAGAUUUCUGCUAAGUCAACUUGAAAUUCGGCACCUCGUAAAAGUACCUCUGAAAAUUUCCUGUCUU